AUGGGCCCGCCGGAAGAAAUCACCAUCGGCGCCGUGACCCAGAAGCGAAAGGGCAAGGACAGCAAGAAGGCAGAGCUGGCCAACAAGGACUACCAGGACCGGAUCGAGUUCUUACUCACCGUGCCGCUCUUCCAGCGCCUUCCGAAGGAUGAGCACCCGGUGGUCGCCUCCAUGUGCGAGGGCUGCAAGUUCAAGCGCAACGACCAGAUCAUCAAGCAAGGUGCCCGGGGCGAGGAGUUCUUCGUGAUUCGCAGGGGGCAAGCGGAAGUCUUCGUCAAGAAGACCAACGGCCAAAAAGAGAGGAUUGCCACGCUGAAGGCCGGGGACCAUUUUGGUGAGGGCGCUCUGUUGAGGGACGAGCCGCGUGCGGCGACGGUGGUCGCGCUGAGCGACAUGCACACCCUGAAGAUCAAGCGCACGGACUUCCAGGCUCUCGGCUUACACCAGAAGUUGAAGUUUGGCCGGCGUGCUGCAGUGAGCUCGGGGAAGAAGUUCAGCAAAGCGAAGGAGCCGGCGCCAAAGACCCCGGAGGACAUGAAACUCAUCACCCAGGCCAUCAUGUCGAAUGAGAACUUGAGUGUGAUCGGGAACCUGGCAGAGAAGAUCCCGGCCUUGGCAGAAGUGAUGUGGAAGGAGUACGUGAAAGCCGGGCGGCACGUCAUCACCGAAGGGGACGUCCAGGCGGACUUCUUCUACAUCGUGCACGAGGGAAAGUGUGAGAUCGUCAUCAAGGACAAGGAUUCCUGGGACGACCGCAAGUUCGGGGGCCAGAAGAUUGUCAUGGGCGUCUACCGGCGCGGUCCGGAAAGCACUAACCCACUGGCCUUCAAGUAUUACCAGCCCGAUGAGCUCGUCAUGGGCAAGAAGAUGAGGGACUGGUGCCGCUUUGCAGUCAGCUGGUGGCAUACAUUCAAUGGGCAAAUGGGCACGGAUCCCUUUAGCAAUGUCAAGACGCAUGUGAGACCUUGGGAUGUUGACAGCUCGCUCGAGACAUUCCUCACACGCGUCGACGUGGCCUUUGAGUUCUUCACCAAGUUAGGCGUGGACUACUACUGCUUCCAUGACGUGGACGUUGCGCCGCAGGGUCAAAGCCUCCAGGAGUUCCAGGCAAACUUGGACACGAUCUCCGAGAAGCUGCUUCAGAAGCAGAAGGAGACCGGCGUGAAGCUGCUCUGGGCGACACAGAACCUCUUCUCGCACCCGCGCUACAAGGAUGGAGCGGCCACGGCGCCCUCUUUCGAUGCCUUCGCCUAUGGCUGUGCGCAGACGAGGAAGAUGCUCGAGGUCGGCAAGAAGCUCGGGGGGGAGACCCACGUCUUCUGGGGCGGCCGCGAGGGCUUCGCCACGGCCCUGAACACGAAGGUGAAGACAGAGCUGGAUCACAUGGCGAGCUUCCUGAAAAUGGCAGUGGACUACAAGAAGAAGAUUGGCUUUGAGGCCCAGUUCGCCAUCGAACCCAAGGCUCGAGAGCCGACGGCCCACCAGUAUGACUACGACGCUCAGACGGUCAUCGGCUUUUUGUACCAGCACGGCUUGGAGAAGGACUUCAAGGUGAACAUCGAGCCCAACCACACCACGCUCGCCGGCCACGACUACGAGCACGACCUGCGCAUGGCCUCGGCCUUGGGGAUGCUGGGCUCCGUGGACUGCAAUGCUGGGCAGCCCUACCUCGGCUGGGACACGGACGAGUUCCCGUCGGAUCCCAGGAAGGCGUUGCUCUCGAUGCUGAUCAUCGUGCAGCAGGGCGGCAUCGCUCCUGGAGGCAACAACUUUGAUUGCAAGCUUCGACGAGAGAGCACCGACAUCGAAGACAUGUUCAUUGCCCACAUUGGAGGGAUGGACUGCUUGGCCCGCGGGCUGCUUGGUGCUUGCAAGCUCCUUCAAGAGAACUUGCUGCAGAAGGCGCUCGACACCAGGUACCUGUCCUGGUCCAGCCCUCUAGCCAAAAAGGUGGAAGAAGGGAAGGCGACCCUGGAGGAGCUCGAGGCGUAUGCUCUGAAGACACCGGAGCCAGGGACGGCGAGCCAGAGCUUCGGCGAGCUCGCUCUGCUCUACUGUGCGCCGCGGGCCGCCUCCGUGAAGGCCACGACCAACGCCGUGCUCUGGGUCCUGGACCGCGCCCACUUCAAGGAGAUCUUGCUUCGGGCCAGCGCGAAGAAGUUAGAGGAGUAUCGAGGCUACUUGGACGCGGUGCCCUUGCUGUCGGCCUUGUUGAAGGAGGAGCGCCUGGAGCUGGCCCAGGCCUUGGUGGAGAUGCACUUCUACGAAGGUGAGCAGAUCAUCACACAAGGAGAAACCGGAGCGACAUUCUACAUCAUGUUCUCCGGAACUGUCAAUGUUUACAAGGACGACAUGAGGAUCACCACCUUGGAGGCGAGUAUGGCGCGCCACACCACCCAGUACUUCGGGGAGUUCGCGCUGCUGGAAGACGAGAAGAGGGCUGCGACGGUGAAGGUGACCUCGGCCUCGGCGCGGUGUUUGGUGCUGGACCGCGAUGCCUUCCAAGCCUUACUCGGACCGCUGAAGGAGAUCAUCGAAAGCCAGAAGUGCAGAAGGCAGACAGAUCGCUUCAGCCAGCACGAGGAGAUGGAAGCUCAGCGGGGCGUUGCUCUCAGCCCAGACAGGGUCAAGAUCUACAAGCAGGAUUUGGUGCACGUCGGCUUGUUGGGCGUCGGCGGCUUUUCGAAGGUGGAGCUGUGGCAACACACAGAAACUGGUGCGACUUAUGCCUUGAAAAGCAUCGACAAGGGCGUCAUCAUGAAGUACAGGAUGCAGGAAACGGUCUACAGUGAGAAGAAGGUGAUGAUGAUGACUCGCUCGCCCUUUCUGAUUCGACUCGUGGAGUGUUUCACCAGCGACGACUGCCUGGAGAUUUUGAUGGAGGCGGCCUUAGGUGGGGAGCUUCUCGUCACCUACUCCAGGAAAGGCUUCUGGGGAUCCAUGGACCACGCUCGGUACUACGUCGCAGGCGCCAGCUUCGCUUUGGAGCACCUGCACGAACGGCGCAUCGUCUAUCGGGACCUAAAGCCGGAGAAUGUUCUCCUGGACCGUCGCGGGUUCCUGAAGCUCACUGACAUGGGCCUGGCAAAGCUCGUCAUCGGGAAGACCUACACCACGUGCGGCACGCCGGAAUACUUCGCGCCAGAGGUGAUCGCGUGGCUUGCCUGCAGGCAUGUUUCGGCUUGCCCUGGAAUGGAGAAACGAGCCGCGAAUGAUGCUCAUGAUGCUUGCCUCCGGGCCCGGCCGGGCGCCAAUGAUGCUCGUGAUGUUCGCCGUGCCGGCUCCAAAAAUUUCAUUUUCCCGCCUGACGAGACCUUCUUCUUGUUCGGGCAUGAGAACGGCGUGUGUCGGCUUGCCAUGGAAUGGAGAAACGAACGGCCAAUGAUGCUGAUGAUGCUCGCCUCCCGGGCGCGCCCGGUAGCCAAUGAUGCUCAUGAUGCUCGCCGCCGGCCCGGCUCUCCUGCAUAG